AUGGCAAAGACUAGACCAGGCAAGAGAGAUUUGGAUUCGUAUACCAUCAAAGGAACUAACAAAGUUAUCAAAGCUGGAGAUUGUGUGCUGAUGAGACCCCCAGAAACUAAUAAAGCACCAUAUGUAGCAAAAGUGGAGAAAUUGGAAGCCGAUAAUCGCAACAUUGUUAAGGUUAAAGUACGAUGGUAUUAUCGACCCGAAGAAUCCAUCGGUGGAAGAAGGCCGUUUCAUGGAUCAAAAGAGUUGUUUCUGUCAGAUCAUUUUGAUGUUCAAAGUGCUCUUACUAUUGAAGGAAAAUGUACUGUUCACUCAUUCAAGAACUAUAGUAAGAUUAAGGAUGUUGGCACUGAGGAUUAUUUCUGCAGAUUCGAGUAUAAAGCUGCUACUGGUGAAUUCGCUCCUGAUAGAGUUGCAGUGUAUUGCAAAUGUGAGAUGCCUUAUAAUCCGGAUGACCUCAUGGUGCAGUGCGAGGGAUAUUGCAGGGGUUGGUUUCAUCCUUCGUGUAUUGGCAUGACCAUUGUUCAAGCCCAUAAUUUAGAAUGCUUUCUCUGCGCUGGUUGUUCCUCCAAAGAUGAGGUCAAAAGAUCUCUGAACAAAUUUCCAGUUUCACCAUCAGCCGAAACUAAAGCUGAGGCAAAGCGCCGGAAGAAGUAAUCAGUUGAUGCGGAGUUCGUGGUGCACGAGGA